AUGGGAAGCCUGUUUUCAUCCACGUCUGUAGUAGUAAAUGGCACUGCCUCCCUUUUUGGUGACAAAAGUCAGUCGCCAGGUACAACGACGGGUAUCAACGUUCAGAAGAGCUCAGGGACCCUUACUUCAGUUUCAACCACCACAAGCUCUUCAGUCACGACCGGUUCCGAUACUCUGACUGAUGAACCGCAUUUGACUUUGACUACCCUCCCGUCAGGGGUAAGCUUUCAAACUCUUGAGAGAGUUACUUACACCUCGCCCACGUAUAUCACAACCACCUCCCCAGGGAGCAACCACCCCACGAUCGUCCCAAUCAUUAUCCCCCACGUCGGCCCCCCGAUAGUCUGUUUCAACUGCUUCAUAAACUUCCCCCCGAACGUCAAGAUCGACGUGCCACAGUUCUGCAUCCAGCUUUUCGGGUUGAAAAUAGGCAACUGCCCGCCUAAGAACGAUAACAAGGGUGACGAGAAGGACGACAAAGAGAAAGAUGAAGGGGACGAUGAUAAGAAGGAUGACGACGAGAAACCGACCAAGUCUGAGAAGCAGUCAACAACAACCUCGACUUCUUCAUCCUCGUGCACUGUCACUAUUACUGCCACCCACAGAAGCGUGUUCUGUUCAGUAACAAAAGGUAGGAACAGUGCCGACGCGUCCUGCUCGACGACCGCCUACACGACAGCCACGGAGUGCAGUGCCAUCGGUAAAACGACCACCGUGACGGCGACUGAAACACCGACGCCGUUCUUACCAUUGUGUGGUCCUGACACAUGCGGCGGACAAGCCUGCCCCAAGAAGAGGGGAGAAAGGCCCGUCCCUGCUGUGGAAGGUCUCCUCAAGCGCGGCGAGCCAAUGCUCGGACGAUGGACCGACCCGACUGACUACCCGAACCAUGAGGGCUUCAUUGCUGACCAGAUAGAGGGGGUAGCUCAAGGCAGUCAAGUCCAACCGAGGUACAGUCCGAAACUCGUCCAUCACUAUGAUCACUACCCCCUAAGUGCGGGCUGGGUACAUUUUAAAAGCACCGUCGAAGCGCUUGCGCUCCAAGGGCUGUACGGCUGCACUAGCAUCAUUCUGGUUUCCCGCCGCGGCGCGUGGGUGAGCCACAUCUGGGAAACCGUUAUGAAGAAUUCGGACCCCGAUACCACGUUCGACGAGAUGGUCGACGAAUAUCUCCCGCGCGGGAUGAGUCCCGGCGACCCGGAUCACAUAUUUUACGAAUACGGCCUGGCGGAGAUGAAGGAUCGCCCGGAGCUCGGCGAGGCGGGGGUCAUGUUUGGCGACGUGCCCCGAGGCACCGAGACGCCUUCUAGCUUGAACAUGCGGGCUUUCAUCGUCACGCCGCGUGCCCGCAUAACCCCCGUGAUUUACAAAGAUUCCAACGGCCGCCUUGUUCCGCAUGAAAUCAUAAACCAUAUCCAUCUUCAGCGGGGCAAGAUCGCAAUGCCGGACCAGGUCGAGAGACUGAAGCAGGAGAUAACCAACGUAUAUGGCGACAUUCCACUGGAGGUGUUGGACUAUAACGCCUACGUCCCGAAGUUGGAGCAUAUGAGAAAGUGGAACAGUCACAAGGUCGUGACCGACGACGACGGAAACGAGUACAAACUCCGAGAAUACAUGGCGGUUAUGUGCAGGAACACCGUCAGGGGAAAGUUUCUGCUGCAGUAUCAGCCCGCAAAGACUUGCAAUGAACAGGCCGAGUGGCGCCUGUGGUUUGAGGGACAGCCGGUUGGCGAUCGAUCGGACGCCUGGGCGCCGUUAAAGGACCAGGUAUUUGAGCCGCCGGGGAUUCCGAUGCGGCCUGGGCGCAGACAGGAACCCAUGUGCGAGGUUCCCGCCCAAGGUGCACCUCCCGCGGAUUCCCCUACGUCCUCAGGAGGUUCGGCAUCCCCUGCCGUCUCUCAGUCUGCCAGUGGCGUGCCCAGCACGCAGGCAAGCUGGAAACCCCCUUCGUCGGGCAACCACACCACGUCCUUGCCCCAGAUUAUCCCAGCAGUCCCCGUCACGCUUUCAUCAAAAUCAACAUCGGCUCCGGGAGUCGUGCAUCCUCCAGGGACCAAUCCCGUUCCGCCAACGACCCGUGUCAACACCACAGCUCCAUGGGCACCGACGACUACGAGCAGACCGGUCCUUCCGACGACUGUGGGCAAACCGGAUGUUCCAACCAAAUCAGCCGACUAUACAACCCCACUGGUACCUGUCAGCACCACAACUCUAUGGGCACCAACGGCUACGAGCAGACCGGUCCUUUCGACGACUGUCAGCAAACCGGAUGUUCCAACCAAAUCACCCGACAAUUACACCCUACGGAUAUCUGGCAGCACCACAAGUCCAUCGGCCCGGACGACAUUCUUCUCAACUAUAAUGGUGACUGUAAAACACCCAACCCCCGUGACAGCAUCCACGGCCACGGCCAAGGCCUCAUCGAGCUCGAAAGAAACCGUCAAGACGACACCAGUCUCGAAGAAGCCACACGGCCCGGAGCCCUCGCAGGCCGUCGCGAUCUACUACGUGGACACGGUCAUGACCAAUUACUACGGGAUGCUCGAGAUCGAUGGCGCGUGGUGGAUGUUGCCUGUGGGGGUGAAGGAGGAACAGGUCGACAACGAGCCCUGUGGUAAGGAGCCGCAGGGUUGGAAGUUGCUCGACAAGCCCCUAAGCCUCGAGAGCGUCCCGUGGCCCCCCUCGUUGGACGCGGAGAGGCACUUCUUCGACAAUAGGCACUGUAAGUACAAGGCGCAGGAAGGGGGCAAGGGGUACGGCACGCUCGCCUGCGAGAACGUGGCCGAGUUCGCGUGCGAGAGGCACCCGUGGGCGGCCCAGAAGGUCGAGUGCAGUACGGAUCCGGCGGCGGAGCGGACGUUUGUGGCCCGGAUCUUGUGCAGGUUCCCGACAACGGAUCAUAGGCCGGACGAUGACGAGGUGAAAGUCACGAGCACCGGUUGGGUCAAGACCAAAGUCCCGCCCUUGAGUCCACCCUGA